AUGAAGAUUCUUGUAAUACUUUGUAUAGCCUAUAUUACAAGGCUCUGUAGUUGUGAAGGUUUAGAUGACAUAAUUGCCAAGUUUGAUGGUGACGUAACCAAAGCUCAGAGACUCAUAGAAGAGACCAAAUCGACUUUAAACGGUGCUGAAAAGGUACUUGAAGAGUAUACCAAAGCUUGUACAAAGAUACAAAAUGCUAAAAAAGAAGAGACAGAGAAAACUAUAAAGGCUUUUGAAGUCGCAAGACAGGCUUUAGAACCCCUGGAAAAACUUGAUGAAGGUAAUCAUGAACAAUCAUUGGGGACUACUCCAAUAGACGCUAAACCGGAAGUAGUUGAACAGACUGCUGUUUCUUCAGGUGAGGAUUCUGGUGGCUCAGAUGUAUCCUUACAUGAACUUGCAGAUGGUAAGCCUACUAAUGAUGCUAAAGUAAAAUCUGCUACUAAUCCUGAUACUCAACCUCCUGUUCCUUCUCAAUCUCCUGAAGCUAUUCAAGCUGCUCUUACCGCUACUGCUUCCGGAGGACCUCAAGCUCAACCUACUCCUGAAGCUUUUCUUAAAGCUACUCAAGGUCAUGUUCGAGGAUCUCCUAUUCCCUCUGUACCCACAGGGUAUUUUUCACAUCCUCCUCUUCCUAGUGCUGUUAAAGGAUCUCAUAUUCCUUCUGCAUAUACAGAAUAUCUUGCUCCACCACCUCUCCCUUAUCCUAAUGUUGAAGGUCAUGCUAUUCAAUCUGAAGGACUCUCUGGAGAUAUAGGGUAUUUCCCAACACCUCAAUUUCAACCAUAUUCUGGUGAUGGACAUAUUGAUACCGUUUCUAUUGAUCCACCUCUACCUCAUCUUUAUAGUUCUGCUGGUCUAUCUGGUCUUAAGGGAUAUACUACUGAUGUACAUGCAGGAUACCUUCCAUCACAUCCUCUUGCUUCCACUGCUCCCAGCCCACCUUUUAGUGAAACUGGAGCAUCUCCUGGUGAAGGAUCUCCAGCUCCUCAGGAUGUUAGUACUCCCGUUACUUUAAACCUUGACAAGCCAGACGACUCCAAGAUAGAUACGACAAAAAAUGAGGAAAAUAAUGGAGUAAAGCAUACUAUAUAUUCUCCGAAGAAAGACUAUCAUAUAUCUUCAGUUGUUGAUGCUGGUAAGGAGUUGUGGAAGAAGGCUGAAGGUUAUCAAAAGUUUCUAUCUGCAAAAUUAUCGACAAAGGAAAAUAAAACUCUACUUCUAAUCUCUCUUGAAAGUGGUUAUGUGUACUUUGAAAAGAAUGGUAAUGCAUGGAAGGAGAUAAAGCAGGAGCAAUUUUUAAAGGAUCUUCACGAAAUGAGAGGGCCGGGAUCACCUACUUCCACUGUAGCAUCUUCUCAAGCGUCUCAAUAG